ACCAAGAGACAGGGGACUGGAGGGUGGAGAGGAUACGGAGACCGGUUGUGCUGGGGGCCCUAGGGCAGUGGUGCCGCGACAGUGGAAAACAACCGAUGCAGCAGCCAGGGAAACCAUGCUGGACACCGGGAAGAUACAGCCAGAGGCCCCCUGAGAAUCAUUAUCAAGUCUCUGAAGGGUUACCUGCAAUGAAGAUCUGGUGUACAUACAUGCUCUGUGCCUGAUAGCGGCAGGACAAGAUGAAAUUGACUAAGCGUAGAACAAGGGACUCGGGACAACAGGAAGGACUUGGCUUUGAGAAGCACUAAGUUUAAAUUCCAGAUUAACAGGUCAGUCUUAGGAGGCAGCGGUGGCCAGAGCACUGAGCCCGCCUCAGGAGGUCUGUGCUCCAGUUCCUGCAUUCACAGGAGGAGACUCAGACCGGAUGACCUCCGGGGUCCUGUCCUGAUCUCAAUUUCUUAGUGCUCAGAGCUGUGAGUGGGACUUGGAUCCUGGAGCAGGGGAAGUUAGGAUGGACUCUGGGCCUCCUCCUGGCCCCUCCCACUGGGGAGUCUGUCAUUCAUUCUAGAGUCAGGAGAAAGAAGAGGAUCCCUCACUGACCACAUUGGUCCCUUAACAUCUGCUCCUUGAGAGGGUUUCUUGUCAUUGGACGGGCGUCAGCCUGAGCAGGAGCUCAGUGACUAUUAAAUGGCACAGCCCUUGGGUGGUCCUGGGAGGAGACCAAGAGAGAGAUCAGGACGUGGGCCCUGAGCUCGGGGACUGCUGAGGGAGACCCACACAUGGGGCUCAAGGGGAGGCAUGGAGGCAAAAACGUGGGGACACAGGUGUUAGAGGUGUGGCCAUGGGCCCAAGUGCUGAGAGGCACAGCGUCCUAAGUGAGUACAUUUUUACUGAAUGAGUGAAUGAAGAUUGAGCUGGGAGAACCUUGCAAGGUGAAAUGGUGGGGCUCGAAAUGGGGACACAAGGCUUCUCGGGUGAGGGAAGUUAGGAGCUGGUCUAGGAAUUGCCUCAUUGGGAAGAACAGCCUCAGAGCAGGCUCAGAGGUGGGGAGGAGAGGGCUUGGGAGAGAAGGAAGGGGAGCAAUCAGGGCUGGAGGGUGAGAACAGGGAAGCGGGCUGUAAGCCAGAGGGGUCACUACAGGAGGGGGGCCGACGCAGGGGGCAGGGUGCCUGCAGUGGUGGCAGUCUUGGAGGCUCAGGCUGCUGGGUGGGCUUAGAACCUUGAGCCUAUGAUCAGCUUAGGCAUCAGAGAUUUGGGCUUCCAAACCAUCUGCUUUAUCCAAAGACUUUCAGCUGCUGAGGAGCUAGGAGGCUCAAACUCCAUCUUGUCUGGGUUGGGGACAAGACUUGAAGUGCACGUUCUUUCUUGGCAGGACCUGGUCUCUCCAGGGCAGGAUGGCCCAGGAGCUCAGUGAGAAGGAGCUUUUAAAGAUGGAGGUGGAGCAGCUGAAGAAGGAAGUGAAGAACCCAAGAGCUCCGAUUUCUAAGACAGGAAAGGAAAUCAAGGAUUACGUGGAGGCCGAAGCGGGAAACGACCCUCUUCUCAAAGGCAUCCCUGAGGACAAGAAUCCCUUCAAGGAAAAAGGUGGUUGUAUGAUAAGCUGAUGGCACUGGAGCCCCUCAUCCUGAAUGCCUGCCCCUCCUCGGCCCCCUCCUUAUCCAGAAUCAAGUAUCCUGGGACGCCCAGGGAACCAGUGGAUGUUCACCUUCUCUUAGUCACAGAAUGAGUAAAGAUGCCUGGCUGCGUACAUCAUGAAUCCACUCCCCAGUCCUGCUUUGAACUCUUCUCUCCCAUUACCACCCGCCUGGUCACUGCUGACCCCACUUGGAAACACUCCCAGGAAAGCUUCCCUGGCUCAGCAGUGGACACCUAAACUCGUGGGGUCUGAAAAGACUGCAGUUGCCUGAGACCUGGGACAGUCCUUGGGAAACAGUUACUCCUCCCAUUUCCCCCCUCCACUGUCUGCCUAGGAGCCAGAAUUCCCAUUCAGAGCUUUCGGGUUGAGGACUGGAGUUGGGGGCGUCCUUUCCCCCCACCUCAUGGCCGGUCCUGUGGAAGUCCCCCUGGUCAUUUGGAUCACCCCAGAUGGCCUGGUGACAAAAAGAGCUCGUAAAGUCAUGAUGUCAUGA